AUGAAACUCGUCAGCUUGGCGUUCAAGAUGGCCAUGAUGAUCUUGCUGGGUCUGCUGAUGGGAGCCUGCUACGCAGACCUUGUUCCACAGAAGACCCCCACCUUCUUUGACAACAACACGGCCCUCGUUCCCAACGUCCAUGGCGAGAUGGUCUUGCACACUAUUGUUGACCUGACCUGGGAGAUUGAUGUUCCAGGCGCCCCCUACAAGAUCAACGUCACUGGCCCAGCCAGCAAAGUCGUCGAUUACAUCGACGCCAACUACCCCGACCACGUCUGGCCCGAUGUCGACGAGCUCAAUGCCAGCUCGCCGGGCAAGGUUUUGCAAUCCCCAGGCCCCAAGCUCAACUGCAACGUUUUCGGCCUCACCACAUACCCAUUGGCGAAUAGAGUGCGAAAGAGCUUGGCAUCGCUCGGCAACUACCAAUUCAGCUUGGGAAAGGGCCCCGCAACCUGCGCCCAGGUUGAGUGCAGCCAGGACCUCCAGGGCCGCUACGGGGCAAUCUGGUGGUGCAAUGAUGGUAGCUCGCCGGCAUUUACCAUGGCCUAUGACAUCGCUGAGCUUGCCCAGCUGAUCAUCCCUACCUGUGCUGAGUUCGCCGUCCCUAUUACAUAUACUCGUGGCCAGGUCUUUGAUCAGUACAGGCCUUGGAAUGUAAUUGUCACAGGCUACGAGAGGUGCAGGUAG